AUGCUUGCAGCUAAUGGUGCAGGAGGUGGUGUUAAUAUGUUACCUCCUUCAUUAAUACUAAAUAAUAAUGCAUCAUCUGCAUCUGCCUCAUCAUCAUCAUCAUCUCAACAACUUAGAGAUACACCUACACAUUCUCCACAUUCCUCUCCUAUACUUUCAUCAAGUUCACAACAACUACCUACUGUGCCCUUCUCACUUGUAUCAUCAUCUGGUUCAAUAUCCACUACUACUGCUCUGCCACAGAUCAAUGAGAAUACAAUAGUUGGAGGAGGUGUUGGUGUAAGGUACAACACGCAUCAUUAUCAACAGCAACAACAACAGCAACAGCAGCAUCAUCAACAACUUCAACAUCAACAACAGCAGCAACAACCACAACAACAACAACAAACACAACAACAACAACAACAACAGACACCGAUAGUAUCAACUACAAAGGGUGCAAAUACUGAAGUAUAUGGAUUCGUUUAUUGGAUAGCAACAUUCGUUGGCUAUGCUAUAUACUUGGUAUGGGCAUUCGUACCAGAGUACAUGCUGUCAGAGUUGGGUGUACAUUAUUAUCCCAGCAAGUACUGGGCCGUAGCGAUACCCAUGUACCUAGUGGUAUGCAUCAUCUUUGGCCUAGUAGUAUACUUUUGUAUCAACCUCAUCAUUGUCAAGCCAUUCGACUCGAUGAAUACAUUGCGCGACGAGUUCACUCAGCAUGAAUCACACUCGCACGCGCUACUGCCCGAGUCCAUCCCACCCCUGGAGGACAUCCCCAUAGAUGUGGUCAAUCGGGUGCUCUAUCAGAGUCGUCCGAGCAAGGUUAACAUCGGUUCAUCAUUCGUAUCGACUUCAUCCAACUCGACCAUUGGAACGCCAAUGUCGUCACGUGACACAAUACUUAGUCCGUCGUCGACGUCGGGCACUACAACAUCAUUGAACAUCUCACUGUCUGGAACGACACGACGACUCAAUCCACUUAGCACAUCGACACAAUCAACAACAAGUUUGAUAUCCUCUCCUCCAAUCACAUCAUCAUCACCUCGUAGUCAUUAUCUACCUCUACUUAAUCACUUUGCUCUAAACAACAGCAAUAACAACGUAAUCAACAACAACAACAACAACAAUAACAAUAGUACCAACUCAAGUACAUCAUCGAUGACUGCAGGUGACAGCACAAGUGAUGAGGAUGGACCUUCAACUUCAUCAUCAUCGUCAUCUCCAAACCUAUUCUAG